AUGGAUAGCACGGCAGCAAUUGCUAUAGGGUUGACCGUUGGGUUAGUUGUCCUUGUGUUUAUUUUGCUCUCCUUUUUCAUCAUUCGGAGAAAAAUGGUGAGACGUAGAAAAGGGAAGAUCUCGCCUUCUGGAAUAUCACCGAAAAUUAAGAGUCAUGGAAGUAGCAGUUCUUCCUUGAGAAGUUCAACUCCAAUACCAAAAAGAUCGGAAACUGAAAGUUCUGACCAAAACUCUGAAAAAUCAAAGGAAAAGGGACAAAAAGAACUUAAACCGUCUUAUGAAGGUUCGGAGAAUAGAGCCGAUUCAAUAAAAACUUCAACUCAAAAAAUUUACCCACAAUUAACUCCUUCAGAUUCCCCUGGACCCCCUAUAGGAGAUAGAAGUCCGAGAUCUUCGCAAGACAUUCAACAUCGCGACAAUGUCACGCCAACUGCUUCUUCACAACAUCUUCAUGAAGGGAUCCAUCACCCACAACCUCAACAUCCUCAAUUAAUAGUUGAGGGUGCUUCGACAACCGAUGAAGAAGUUCCUCCGUACUACAUGCAAAAAUUACCACCAAUUCCAUUGACUGAUUCUCCAUCACCACCUCCAUCACCAGAUCGGAAUCCGAUUCGAAAAGGUUAUGCUCCAGAUGAAGAUAACCCUGGGCCGUAUCCUCCGGCCCAACCAGCACAAAAAUCGCGUCUUUCUCGUUCUGUGAGGCAGCGGUCGCCAAUGCGUGGAGGACGUGGCAGCCGUAGCUCCAGCUCUAAUUCAUAA